AUUAUAUAGUAUAUAUAUUUUUUUACUCACAUGAAGAAAUGUCAAAAUUACCUUUAGAAACUAUUGAAGAGAUCCUUAGUUACAUCGAUGAAGACGAUAUAACAACUUUUCAUUCUUUAUCAUUUAUUAAUAGAACAUGGUGUAAUCUUUGUAUUCCUCAUUUAUGGAAGAAACCUUUUAACAUAAAAAAUAAUAAUAAUAAUUCAAAAAAUCUUUAUAAAAUAAUUACAAUAAUUUUAUCAUUUCUUGAUGAAGAACAAAAAUCCGUACUUAAAUUAAACGAAAAAAAAACUGGAAUAUUUUCAACAAAAAAAUUAUUAUAUAAUUAUCCUUCAUAUAUAAGACAAUUAGAUUUUAAUAAAUUAUUUUUAUUAAUAACAGAAUGGAUAAUAAAAAAUAAAAAAUAUCGAACGAAAUUUAAAGAAAAUUAUUUUAUAAAGAAUAGUGAUAAAUUUACUUUUGAUUUUUCAAUCUUUAAAGAGGAUGAAGAAGAUUAUGAAUUAAAUUUUAGUUAUAAUCGUAUUAUAGAAAGAUGUUGUUUAAAAGAUCAAGAAAAAUUGGCGUUCUUUGAAUAUAUUUUUAAAAUUAUUAUAGCGAGGAGUAAAGGAAUUAGAAAAUUAUUUGUUGAUAUAUAUCAUGAAAAUGAAGAAAUCGCUUAUACUAUACCAAAGGAUUAUUUUAAAUAUAUUUUUGAAUUAAAAGAUUUUGGAAAAUGUUUUUCUGGAUUAAAUGAAUUUUCUUGUAAAGGAAAUUUUCAUAAAACUUGGUUAAUUAAUGGAAUCAAAAAAUAUUCUCAUGAUAUAAGAAAAUUAACAAUUUAUCCUUGGAAUAGAAAUUAUAUUAAUGAUUUAAGAGUAAAAGAUUUAAAAGGUUUAUUAAAAGCUCAAAAAAAUCUUAAAUCUUUAUCAUUUUCCGUUGAUUCGGAAGUUGAAAAAAAGGUUAUAGAAUGUAUGCAAGGAAAUAUUUCGAAAACUUUGGAAUCUUUUAAUAUGAAAUAUGGUGAUUUAACGGAUAAUGAAUUAAAAUAUUUAUCAAAAUGUAAAAAAUUAAAAAAAUUAUGUUUUGAUACCGUUUAUUUUGAUGAAUCAAUUAAUAUUUUAGAUUUAUUAAAAGAAUUUAUUAAGAAUAAUGGUCAUAAUUUAAAAAAUUUUCAAUUAAGUCAAAAUAUUAUAGAUAUUAAUAAUAUUAAUAAUAAUAAUUUAGAUAUUAAUGAUAUUCUUUCUACUUUAUUAGUUUCUUGUUCUAAUUUAUCCAAUUUUUAUGUAAAUAUUGAUAAUCAAUCCGAUAUUAUUUUAUUUUUUAAGAUUUUAAGACAAUUUAAGCAUAGUUUAAAAUCCAUUAAUGUUGGUAAUUAUAAUAAUGGUAUACCAAAAUUUAAUUUUAAUUAUGAUUUUAUGUUAGAAUUUAUUGAAAUUUUUAUGUCAAUGUCGAAUAUUAUAAAUUUAGAUUUAAGUAAUUGGGAAAUUUCUUUUAAUUCUUUUAAGAUUUUUAUUGAAAAUUGUUGUCAUAGUAAGAUUUUAUUAAAAGUAUUUAAAGUAUCAUGCGUUGGUGGUUCUAAGGAGGAUUUGGAAUCUUUAAUCGAAUCUAAUGCAAAAUUAAAUUCCAGAUCAUUAGAUAAUAUUUUAAUUAUAGAGAAUGAUGAAAUUAAAAAUAUCACCAUUGUAUGGCAUUAACAAUUUUGACGACGACGUUAGACGGAGUUAAGUUAUAUUUUGACGGAGUUAAGUUAAUUUAUAAUUUUGACGAAGUUAAUUUAUAAUUUUGACGGAGUUAAUUUUUAAUUUUGACGGAGUUAAUUUAUAAUUUUGACGGAGUUAAUUUAUAAUUUUGACGGAGUUAAGUUAAUUUUUAAUUUUGACAGAGUUAAUUUAUAAUUUUGACGUCAUUAGGUUUUUAUUAUCAUUCAUUUCAUUCCAUAUUUUUAACACAAAUUUUAUCUCAUAAUUUUUUAUAUAGAAUUUUUUCAAAUCUACCAUAAAUAUUCUUAUAUUAUUAUCCAUUAGUUCUUCAAUUCUAAAUUCAUUAAAAUUUCUUGUUAAUAUUUCAUAAAUUAUUUCUUCAUAAUCAUAUUUUUUAGAAUAAAAUGAAUAAAAU